AAAACUCAACUCAUCUCUUCCUCUCUAUCUUCAAAAUGUCAUAACUCUCCUCUCACUCCCUCUCUUACCCCUCAAGACAGAUUUGUAGAAUCCAUUGUAAUGGAAGAUCACAAAAGAAAAGCUACAUCAGUUACUCUCUUUCUUGCAAUGACAUUGAUAUCACUCACCAACGGUGAUAUCAACUCAAUCCAGCUAAACGACGACGUUUUAGGUCUCAUCGUCUUUAAAUCAGACCUCCACGACCCAUCAUCACACCUCAAAUCUUGGAACGAAGACGAUGCAUCUCCUUGCUCAUGGAGCUACGUCAAAUGCAACCCCAAGACAUCUAGAGUAACCGAGCUCUCCCUCUCCGGUUUAGGGUUAACCGGAAAAAUCAGUCGUGGGAUCCAAAAGCUUCAACACUUAAAGACACUCUCACUCUCCAACAACAACUUAACCGGAUCCAUCAUGUCUCUCUCAAACAACAACAAUCUCCAGAAGCUUGAUCUUAGCCACAACAAUCUCUCCGGUACACUCUCUGAUGAUCUCUUCACCAACUGCUCAUCUCUCACGUAUCUUUCCCUCUCUCACAACCAUCUCGAAGGUCAAAUCCCAAGUACUCUGUUUCGCUGCUCUGUUUUGAACACUCUCAACCUCUCAAGCAACCGUUUUUCCGGAAACCCUAGUUUCGUUUCCGUGUUCUGGAAGCUAGAGAGGCUAAGAGCGUUGGAUCUAUCGUUCAACACUCUCUCUGGAACGUUACCUUUGGGGAUACACUCUCUGCAUAGCUUGAAAGUGUUGCAGCUACAAGGGAACCAGUUCUCAGGACCCUUGCCUUCAGAUAUUGGACUCUGUCCUCAUUUAAACAGAGUUGACUUGAGUUUCAACAGUUUCUCCGGCGAGGUUCCGGUGACUUUUCAGAGGCUGAAGUCUUUAAACCAUUUAGAUUUAUCCAAGAAUUUGCUCUCCGGUGGUUUCCCGGUUUGGAUUGGUGACAUGACCGGUUUAGUACAUUUGGAUUUCUCCCAAAAUGAGUUAACCGGAGCUCUUCCUUCUUCAAUUGGUAGCUUGAGGUCUCUAAAGGUUAUAAUCUUGUCUGGGAAUAAAUUCUCCGGCGAGAUUCCGGAAUCUUUGGAAUCUUGCAAAGAGCUUGAGAGUGUUCAGCUCAAAGGAAAUAGCUUUGUUGGUAGCAUUCCUAAUGGUUUAUUCAAUCUUGGUUUGCAAGAAAUUGAUUUUUCUGGUAAUGGCUUAACCGGUUUAGUCCCAAGAGGCUCAAGUAGACUCUUUGAGUCACUAGUAACACUUGAUCUUUCUCACAAUAGUCUCACUGGAAACAUACCUAGUGAAGUAGGGAUGUUCAGCAACUUGAGAUACCUAAACUUGUCAUGGAACAAGUUUAACACAAGAGUUCCUCCUAAAAUAGAGUUUCUACAGAAUUUAACAGUCUUGGAUCUCAGAAACUGUGAGUUGAUUGGUUUGGUUCCAGCUGAUAUAUGUGAGUCUCAGAGUCUACAGAUCCUUCAGCUGGAUGGUAACUCACUAACCGGUUCUAUACCGGAUGGAAUUGGAAACUGCUCUUCUCUUAAAUUGUUGAGUUUGUCUCAUAACAAUCUUACCGGUCCAAUACCUAAGUCACUUUCAAAGUUACAAGACCUAGAGAUUCUAAAGCUAGAAGCCAAUAAGCUUAGUGGAGAAAUACCAAAAGAGCUAGGUGGAUUGCAUAACCUGUUAUUGGUUAACAUAUCAUUCAACAGACUCAUUGGAAGGUUACCUAAUGGAGAAGUGUUCCAGAGCUUAGACAAGAGUGCUCUUCAAGGAAACUUAGGCAUAUGUUCACCGUUGUUGAAAGGACCUUGCAGGAUGAAUGUUUCAAAGCCUAUUUUCAUCGAUCCAAACUCCUAUGGAAACAGGAAUAACAAUGAGGGAAGGCAUGGAAACCGAACAAGCAGUGGCUCCAGCAAGUACCACAAUGGAAUGUUCCUUAGUGUUUCAGUGGUUGUAGCUAUAUCAGCAGUUAUACUCAUCUUCUUAGGAGUCAUAAUCGUAACGCUGCUUAAUGCAUCGGUGAGAAGAAAACUUGCGUUUGUAGACAACGCGUUGGAGAGCAUUUUUUCAGGGUCUUCUAAAUCUGGAAGAAGCUUAGUGGCAGGGAAACUUGUGAUGCUAAACUCAAGAACGUCGCGGUCUUCGUCUUCGUCUCAAGAGUUUGCUAGAAACCCUGAGUCUCAUCUCAAUAAAGCUUCAAGAAUAGGUGAAGGAGUGUUUGGAGCAGUUUACAAGGCACCAUUAGGAGAACAGGGGAGAAACUUGGCUGUCAAGAAACUUGUUCCUUCCCCGAUUAUCGAAAACCUAGAAGAUUUUGAUCGAGAAGUCCGGAUCUUGGCGAAAGCUAAGCAUCCUAACCUAGUCUUGAUCAAAGGGUAUUACUGGACACCGGAGAUGCAGCUUUUGGUGUCUGAAUACAUCCCGAAUGGAAACUUGCAGUCCAAGUUACACGAAAAGGAACCCUCGACGCCGCCUCUUUCUUGGGACGCAAGAUACAGAAUCAUCCUCGGUACAGCCAAAGGACUAGCUUAUCUCCACCACACAUGCCGUCCAACAACCAUCCACUUCAACCUGAAGCCAUCCAACAUCCUCCUCGACGAAAAACACAACCCUAAAAUCUCUGACUUCGGACUAUCUCGUCUUGUAACACAAGACGGGAACACAACGAGCAACAACAGGUUUCAGAACGCUUUAGGUUACGUAGCGCCUGAACUAGAGUGUCAGAACUUAAGGGUCAACGAGAAGUGCGAUGUUUACGGGUUUGGGGUACUGAUACUUGAACUCGUGACUGGUCGGAGACCCGUGGAGUACGGUGAAGACAGCGUUGUGAUACUUACCGACCAUGUUAGGGUUAUGUUGGAACAAGGGAAUGUGUUGGAGUGUAUUGAUCCUACCAUGGAAGAUGAAUACUCUGAGGAUGAGGUUUUGCCUGUUGUGAAACUUGCUCUUGUAUGUACUUCUCAGAUACCUUCAAAUCGACCUACAAUGGCUGAGAUUGUUCAGAUCUUGCAGGUCAUCACUUCUCCUGUUCCUCCUCACAGGAUGCUGGAUACUUUCUAAACAACCAUGUGUCUAUGUGUUAAUAUAACUUUUUCAUUUUCUUUGUUUUUCUUUGUACCUUUUGUAGAGAUUGCUUUCUUUCACAACGCUACGUUUCAUCAUCAUACAUUGCUAUCAAUUAAUAGGGUUUUUCCCAU